UGAAACUUGGAUGCGGAAUUGCUACUUCGCUGUACACAUUGGCUCGUAGUAGUUCAAUGACUCGCUUAGCAGCGGCAGCUGCCACUCACCCAUUUGCUUGCCAACUAUUUUGUUGACGGGUCUCCACUCCGCUUCUGGGACUAAGGCGUGACAUAGCUAUGAUAUUGGAUAGGAGGUGUAUGUAUGAUUUGGAAUUCUGGAUCGAUGCAGGCUGUGUUGUUGUAGGUUUGUUGAGUGGAGUCUGGGUGGUUUGAGAGAGGGAAGUAUAUAUAACACCUACCAAAUACCACCAUCCAAGACUUCCUUCACAAGCCCACCUGAAAAACUCCUUUCAACCAAACCAAACCAAAAAAUCAACUUCUCAAAAAUGUCUUUCCACAACACCGCCCAGGACAUCCGUGUCGAUGAUAGCCACAUCCUCCGCGCCCGUCUCCAGAACAACAACGGCGACUGGGUAGAUGCUGAGAUGGAUCUCAACACCUGUCUUGCAAACAACGAUGGUAAGACUCCCUUGUCCCUUUCCUUCUUUUCAUCCUCGUGCACUCCUUCUCCUCCAUCUCCCCUACGAACACUCCAAGCUAACAAAUACUUUCUCCAACCAGGCCGCUUCGAAUGGACCGGCCAAGGCUUCUCCAACUCCAUCCAAAGUAUGUCCUUCUCCAUCGAAGGCGGCGCCAACGUCCCUAUCCUACGCGCCGAGCUCCUGAACGUUGAGGGACAGUGCUGUGGUGCGGAUGUGAAUCUCGCUGAGCGAAUCGCUAACGAGGAUGGGCGGUUUGUGUUCAGUAAGUCGACAAACAGCUUUUAAGGUAGAGGGAGGAAGCUAAUGUUCGGUGUAGUUUAGAUGGUGAACAUGUUUGUGGAGAAGGGAAGGAGGCGUGGUGGAUGAAACUACAUGGAGAUGAGGGUAUCGUGGCUUAGAUGCUGGGUUUAUAUCUUAUUCUUGAUCUCUCUCUGUGUUUUGGUUUAUUUUUG